CUUCUUAGAGCCCCGGACCCAGGAGGCCCAAGGAGCUGGAGGUGACCCUCAGGCAGCAAGAACCCCGCGGAAGGGCGUGAGCCCUGCAGACAGCUGUGCGGUACCUCGGGCUGGGCUCCUGUUAGGAGGAAGUGCCUGCGCCCAGGCAGCGGCUCAGAGGCAGCUGCUCCAUGCAGAACUGAAGCUGGUUCUGCAGCAGAAAGGGGAGAGGACACAGGAGCCUGGGGUGCAGGUGCCUCCCAGCAACGCCAUGGAGGCCAGGAGCCGGAGCGCAGAGGAGCUGAGGCGGGCGGAGUUGGUGGAAAUUAUCGUGGAGACAGAGGCGCAGACCGGGGUCAGCGGCAUCAACGUAGCUGGCGGCGGCAAAGAGGGAAUCUUCGUUCGGGAGCUGCGCGAGGACUCACCGGCCGCCAGGAGCCUCAGCCUGCAGGAAGGGGACCAGCUGCUGAGUGCCCGAGUGUUCUUCGAGAACUUCAAGUACGAAGACGCACUACGCCUGCUGCAAUGCGCCGAGCCUUACAAAGUCUCCUUCUGCCUGAAGCGCACUGUGCCCACCGGGGACCUGGCGCUGCGGCCCGGGACCGUGUCUGGCUACGAGGUCAAGGGCCCGCGGGCCAAGGUGGCCAAGCUGAACAUCCAGAGUCUGUCCCCUGUGAAGAAGAAGAAGAUGGUGCCUGGGGCUCUGGGGGUCCCCGCUGACCUGGCCCCUGUUGACGUCGAGUUCUCCUUUCCCAAGUUCUCCCGCCUGCGCCGGGGCCUCAAAGCUGAGGCUGCCAAGGGUCCUGUCCCGGCUGCCCCUGCCCGCCGGCGCCUCCAGCUGCCUCGGCUGCGUGUACGAGAAGUGGCCGAAGAGGCUCAGGCAGCCCGGCUGGCCGCCGCUGCUCCUCCCCCCAGGAAGGCCAAGGUGGAGGCCGAGGUGGCCGCAGGGGCUCGUUUCACAGCCCCUCAGGUGGAGCUGGUUGGGCCCCGGCUGCCAGGGGCCGAGGUGGGUGUCCCCCAGGUCUCAGCCCCCAAGGCUGCCCCCUCCGCAGAGGCAGCUGGUGGCUUUGCCCUCCACCUACCAACCCUUGGGCUCGGAGCCCCGGCUCCGCCUGCUGUGGAGGCCCCAGCCGUGGGGAUCCAGGUCCCCCAGGUGGAGCUGCCUGCCUUACCCUCACUGCCCGCUCUGCCUCCACUUCCCUGCCUAGAGACCCGGGAAGGGGCUGUGUCGGUAGUGGUGCCCACCCUGGAUGUGGCAGCACCAACUGUGGGGGUGGACCUGGCCUUGCCGGGUGCGGAGGUGGAGGCCCGCGGAGAGGCACCUGAGGUGGCCCUGAAGAUGCCCCGCCUUAGUUUCCCCCGAUUUGGGGCUCGAGCAAAGGAAGUUGCUGAGGCCAAGGUAGCCAAGGGCAUCCCUGAGGCCAGGGUGAAAGGUCCCAGACUUCGAAUGCCCACCUUCGGGCUUUCCCUCUUGGAGCCCCGGCCUGCUGCUCCUGAAGUUGUAGAGAGCAAGCUGAAGCUGCCCACCAUCAAGAUGCCCUCCCUUGGCAUCGGAGUGUCAGGGCCUGAGGUCAAGGUGCCCAAGGGACCUGAAGUGAAGCUCCCCAAGGCUCCUGAGGUGAAGCUUCCAAAAGUGCCCGAGGCAGCUCUUCCAGAGGUUCGACUCCCAGAGGUGGAGCUCCCCAAGGUGUCGGAGAUGAAACUCCCAAAGGUGCCAGAGAUGGCUGUGCCGGAGGUGCGGCUUCCGGAGGUGCAGCUGCCGAAAGUUCCAGAGAUGAAAGUCCCUGAGAUGAAGCUUCCAAAGGUGCCUGAGAUGAAACUUCCUGAAAUGAAACUCCCUGAAGUGAAACUCCCGAAGGUGCCUGAGAUGGCCGUGCCCGAUGUGCACCUCCCAGAGGUGCAGCUGCCAAAAACCCCAGAGAUGAAACUCCCUAAAAUGCCCGAGAUGGCUGUGCCAGAGGUUCGACUCCCUGAGGUGGAACUGCCAAAAGUCUCAGAGAUGAAACUCCCCAAGGUGCCCGAAAUGGCCGUGCCCGAUGUACACCUCCCAGAGGUGCAGCUGCCCAAAGUCUCCGAAAUGAAAGUUCCUGAUGUGAAGCUCCCGGAGAUAAAACUCCCUAAGGUGCCUGAGAUGACCGUGCCCGAUGUGCACCUCCCCGAGGUGCAGCUGCCGAAAGUGUCAGAGAUUCGGCUGCCGGAAAUGCAAGUACCGAAGGUUCCCGACGUGCAUCUUCCGAAGGCACCAGAGGUGAAGCUGCCCAGGGCUCCAGAGGUGCAGCUAAAGGCCGCCAAGGCAGAGCAGGCAGAAGGGAUGGAAUUUGGCUUUAAGAUGCCCAAGAUGACCAUGCCCAAGCUAGGGAGGGCAGAGUCCCCAUCACGGGGAAAGCCAGGCGAGGCGGGUGCUGAGGUCUCAGGGAAGCUGGUAACACUUCCCUGUCUGCAUCCAGAGGUGGAUGGUGAGGCUCAUGUGGGUGUCGCCUCUCUCACUCUGCCCUCAGUGGAGCUAGACCUACCAGGAGCCCUUGGCCUGGAGGGGCAGGUCCCAGCCACUGAAAUGGGCAAGGUAGAGCGGGCGGAGGGCCCCGAGGUGGCAGCAGGGGUCAGGGAAGUGGGCUUCCGAGUGCCCUCUGUUGAAAUUGUCACUCCACAGCUGCCCGCUGUGGAAAUUGAGGAAGGGCGGCUGGAGAUGAUGGAGAUGAAAGUCAAGCCCUCUUCCAAGUUCUCCUUACCUAAGUUUGGACUCUCGGGGCCCAAGGUGGCUAAGGCAGAGGCUGAGGGGGCUGGGCGAGCCACCAAGCUGAAGGUAUCCAAGUUUGCCAUCUCACUCCCCAAGGCUCGGGUGGGGGCUGAGGCUGAGGCCAAAGGGACUGGGGAGGCAGGCCUGCUGCCUGCCCUCGAUCUGUCCAUCCCACAGCUCAGCCUGGAUGCCCACCUGCCCUCAGGCAAGGUAGAGGUGGCAGGGGCCGACCUCAAGUUCAAGGGGCCCAGGUUUGCUCUGCCCAAGUUUGGGGUCAGAGGCCGGGACACUGAGGCAGCAGAACUAGUGCCGGGGAUGGCUGAGUUGGAGGGCAAGGGCUGGGGCUGGGAUGGGAGGGUGAAGAUGCCCAAGCUGAAGAUGCCCUCCUUUGGGCUGGCUCGAGGGAAGGAAGCAGAAGUUCAAGGUGAGCGUGCCAGCCCGGGGGAAAAGGCUGAGUCCACCGCUGUGCAGCUUAAGAUCCCUGAGGUGGAGCUGGUCACACUGGGUGCCCAGGAGGAAGGGAGGGCAGAGGGGGCUGUGGCCGUCAGUGGAAUGCAGCUGUCAGGCCUGAAGGUGUCCACAGCCAGGCAGGUGGUCACAGAGGGCCAUGAGUCGGGGCUGAGGAUGCCUCCGCUGGGCAUCUCCCUGCCCCAGGUGGAGCUGACCGGCUUUGGGGAGGUGGGUACCCCAGGGCAGCAAGCUGAGAGUACAGCCCCGUCAGCAGAGGACACAGCAGGCUACAGGGUUCAGGUGCCCCAGGUGACCCUGUCUCUGCCUGGAGCCCAGGCUGCAGGUGGGGAGCUGUUGGUGGGUGAGGGUGUCUUCAAGAUGCCCACCGUGUCAGUGCCCCAGCUUGAGCUGGACGUGGGGCUAAGCCGAGAGGCACAGGCGGGCGAGGUGGCCACAGGCAAGGGUGGGCUGAGGCUGAAGUUGCCCACGCUGGGGGCCGGAGCUGGGGUAGGGGGCAAGGGUGCUGAGGAGCAGCCCCCAGGGGACGAGCGUACCUUCCGCCUCUCACUGCCCGACGUGGAGCUCUCGCCACCCGGGGGCAACCACGCCGAGUACCAGGUGGCAGACGGGGAGGGGGAGGCUGGACACAAGCUCAAGGUACGGCUGCCCCGGUUUGGCCUGGCGUGGGCCAAGGAGGGGGCCGAGGAGGGUGAGAAGGCCAAGAGCCCCAAACUCAGGCUGCCCCGAGUGGGCUUCAGCCAAAGUGAGAUGGUGACUGGGGAAGGCUCCCCCAGCCCUGAGGAGGAGGAGGAGGAAGAGGGCAGUGCGGAAGGGGCCUUGGGGCGCCGGGGCCGGGUCCGGGUCCGCUUGCCACGUGUAGGCCUGGCGGCCCCUUCUAAAGCCUCUUGGGGUCAGGAGGGCGAUGCAGCCCCCAAGUCCCCCGUCAGAGAGAAGUCACCCAAGUUCCGCUUCCCCAGGGUGUCCCUAAGCCCCAAGGCCCGGAGUGGGAGUGGGGACCAGGAAGAAGGUGGGUUCCGCGUGCGGCUGCCCAGCGUGGGGUUUUCAGAGACAGGGGCUCCAGGCCCGGCCAGGAUGGAGGGGGCUCAGGCUGCGGCCGUCUGAAGCCCCUGGGCAGAUGGGGAUCCCUUCUUGCCUUCCUUUCUCUACCCCCUCGCUGUUGUGUGUGUGAUAACUAGCACUAACCCUAAGAGGGCUGGGAGGUGGGUGACUGACCAUGGCCGGCGGGGAGGCCUGCUCCUGUGUCUCUGGCAGGAGUGCCUGUACCCCACCAAGCCAUGUGAAUAAAAUAAUCCGGAAGUAGC